GCUGGGACUAUAAACCAGAACUCCUGAUUGUAGCCCAGUGUUCUUUCUACAGCCCAUAGGGCUGCUGAGGCCACCCAGGACCUGGACAUAGUCUCCCCACCGCACCCCAGCUCCUGGCCCAGAUGAGGCCCAGAUCCCCCUCCCCCUCCAACUCUCUCUGCAGGACCUCGGGGGUCAGGACGUGGGUGUAACAGAUCCCUCAAUAUCCCAAUUUCAGGCCAUGGUAGAAGGGGGGUUGCCCCAAAUUCCAGCCUUGGUCUCAGUCUGACGCCCCCCAGGAAGGAAUUAGAGGGGCCCUGGCCAGCUGUACUGGCUGCUGCUUGUGAGCAGAUUACAGGAGGGGCCAGACAAGGGCUCCUUUGUGGAGGCCUGGCUUAGGGAGUCAGGUGACUGCUCAGCACACGCGUGGGUAGCACCAGCCUCUAAGUAAGGCCUGGGGCACUGGCCAUAGAGCCCCAGAGAAUCCUACCAGUCCAGUGGCCAGACUUUUUGUGGGAUCACCCAACCAGCCCGGAGCCCCACCUGACCCAAGCCAUCUGCUGCAGCCCAGUGCCUGGCCAUGACUGUCACCUACACAAGCCAAGUGGCUAAUGCCCGCUUAGGCUCCUUCUCCCGCCUGCUGCUGUGCUGGCGCGGCAGUAUCUACAAGUUGCUCUAUGGCGAGUUCUUCGUCUUCCUGCUCUGCUACUACACCAUCCGCUUCAUUUAUAGGCUGGCCCUCACGGAGGAGCAGCAGCUAUUGUUUGAGAAGCUGACUCUGUACUGCGACAGCUACAUCCAGCUCAUCCCCAUCUCCUUCGUGCUGGGCUUCUACGUGACGCUGGUCGUGACCCGCUGGUGGAGCCAGUACGAGAACGUGCCGUGGCCCGACCGCCUCAUGAGCCUGGUGUCGGGCUUCGUGGAGGGCAAGGACGAGCAGGGCCGGCUGCUGCGGCGCACGCUCAUCCGCUACGCCAACCUGGGCAACGUGCUCAUCCUGCGCAGCGUCAGCACCGCGGUCUACAAGCGCUUUCCCAGCGCCCAACACCUGGUGCGAGCGGGCUUUAUGACCCCCGCAGAACACAAGCAGUUAGAAAAAUUGAGCUUACCACACAACAUGUUCUGGGUGCCCUGGGUGUGGUUUGCCAACCUGUCAGUGAAGGCCUGGCUUGGAGGUCGAAUCCGGGACCCUAUCCUGCUCCAGAGCCUGCUGAACGAGAUGAAUACCUUGCGUACUCAGUGUGGACACCUGUAUGCUUACGACUGGAUCAGUAUACCGCUGGUGUACACACAGGUGGUGACCGUGGCAGUGUACAGCUUCUUCCUGGCUUGCCUGAUUGGGCGGCAGUUUCUGAAUCCAGCCAAGGCCUACCCUGGCCACGAAUUGGACCUUGUUGUGCCUGCCUUCACGUUCCUGCAGUUCUUCUUCUAUGUUGGCUGGCUGAAGGUGGCAGAGCAGCUCAUCAACCCCUUUGGAGAGGAUGAUGAUGAUUUUGAGACCAACUGGAUCGUUGACAGAAACUUGCAGGUGUCUCUGUUGGCUGUGGACGAGAUGCACCGGGACCUGCCUCAGAUGGAGCGGGACAUGUACUGGAAUGAGCCAGAACCACACCCCCCCUACACCGCUGCUUCUGCCCAGUCCCGUCGACCCUCCUUUUUGGGCUCCACCUUCAACAUUAGCCUGCACAAAGAAGAGAUGGAGUUCCAGCCAAAUCCAGAGGAGGAGGAUGCUCCCGCUGGCAUCAUUGACCGCUUCUUUGGGCUGCAGUCCCACGACCAUCAUCCUCCCAGGACAAACUCAAAGACUAAACUCCUGUGGCCCAGGAAAGAAUCCUUCUUCCAUGAGGGUCAGCCCAAGAACCCCAAGGGGCCUGCACAGAUCCCCAGGGGCCAGGAAGACAGCAAGGCCUGGAAGCUCAGGGCGGUGGAUGCCUUCAAGUCUGCCUCACUGUAUGAGAGGCCAGGCUACUACAGUGCCCCACAGACGCCCCUGAACACCAUUCCCAUGGUCUUCCCCCCAGAACAAUUGGCACCCUCCAGGCUUCAUAGUGUCACAGGCAUAGACACCAAAGACAAAAGCCUAAAGCUGGUGACUUCUGGGGCUAAGAACAGUUUUGAAUUGCUCCCAGAGGGUGAUGAGGCCUUGACAGAGCACCCAGAAGUACAUCAUGUGAAGAGGAAAACUGUCGAGUUCAACCUGACUGAUAUGCCAGAGAUCCCUGAAAGCCAACUCAAAGAACCACAUUUGGAACUAUCGGCAAGCAACUUACACACUAUACUCAAAGAUCAUGCAGAUCCUUAUUGGGCCUUGGAAAACAGGGAUGAAGCACAUUCCUAACCUGUUUCCUAAGGGUGACGCUUCACUGGCCUGGUCCUCACCUGCGCGAACACCAACAGGACACUGAUCCAGUCACAGCCAUAUAGUUGUCCACACUGAAGAUAUGUUUCUAUGACAGCCUGAAUUAAAUGGUUAGCUUAAUGGAUAACAAAACUCAGUAGUCCAGGACUACCUCAGCCUUUAAAUGCCUUUUAUACAUAAAAACCGUGAAAGCUAGAAUGAACCAUUGAAAACAUGUCACGUACGACACCCAAUUCAGAAUCCUGUCUGAAUUUGACAAACACACCUUGGCAUCUUUCCCAAACUAAAAAAUACAAAUAUU